AUGUGUUCAUCUGCUAAACUGAGCCUGAUCUGUGCGCUGCUGGUCCUGUGCAGCGGUGGGGGCUCAGCUAUUAGCUCAAUAGACCCAGACUGGUCAGGAGAAGGGAGAUGUCAACACAUCAACAUCCCCCAGUGUAAAGACAUUGGCUAUAACAUGACUCGCAUGCCAAAUCUCAUGGGCCACGAUGACCAAAAAGAGGCAGCGAUAAAGCUGCAGGAGUUUGCAACACUGAUACAAUUUGGAUGCCACAGUCAUCUCAAAUUUUUCCUGUGUUCACUGUAUGCUCCCAUGUGCACAGAGCAGGUGUCCAACCCCAUCCCAGCAUGUAGAGUUAUGUGUGAGCAGGUGAAGUUAAAAUGCUCACCUAUCUUGGAGCAGUUUAACUUCCCCUGGCCUGACUCUCUGGACUGCUCCAGGCUGCCAACCAAAAAUGACCCGAACAACCUCUGCAUGGAGGCACCCAACAACGGCUCAGAUGAGCCUCCCAAAGUCUCCCACACCCAGCCUCCAGAUUUCAGGCCACAGCGGCCUCUGAGCGGGCAGGACCUGCACCUGAAGGACAGCGGGAGCAAGCAGACGUGCAGCAACCCCGGCAAGUUCCACUUCGUGGAGAAGAGCGAGUCCUGUGCCCCAAAAUGCUACCCUAAAGUGGACGUCUACUGGAGCCAGGGAGACAAGCAGUUCUCUCUGGUGUGGAUGGCCAUCUGGUCUAUCCUCUGCUUUGUCUCCAGCGCCUUCACUGUGCUCACUUUCCUCAUAGACCCGCAGCGAUUCAAAUACCCAGAGAGGCCGAUCAUCUUCCUCUCCAUGUCCUACUGUGUUUACUCUGUGGGCUACCUCAUUCGACUCUUUGUGGGAGCUGACAGAAUAGCCUGUGAUAGAGACAAUGGGGUCCAGUAUAUUAUCCAGGAGGGUCUGGAGAGCACCGGCUGCACUAUUGUGUUCCUCAUCCUGUAUUAUUUUGGCAUGGCCAGCUCCCUCUGGUGGGUUAUCUUGACCCUGACAUGGUUCCUGGCUGCAGGGAAGAAGUGGGGUCAUGAGGCCAUCGAGGCAAACAGCAGCUACUUCCACCUGGCAGCGUGGGCCAUCCCGGCCGUAAAGACCAUCAUGAUCCUGGUGAUGAGGAAGGUGGCGGGGGACGAGCUGACGGGCGUCUGCUACGUGGGCAGCAUGGACGUCAAAGCUCUCACGGGCUUUGUGCUCAUUCCUCUCUCCUGCUAUCUUAUUAUUGGCACUUCUUUCCUGCUGUCAGGCUUUGUGGCCCUCUUCCACAUCCGUAAGAUAAUGAAAACAGAGGGAGAGAACACGGACAAGCUUGAGAAGUUGAUGGUCCGCAUCGGGGUCUUCUCCGUGCUCUACACUGUCCCGGCCACCUGCGUCAUCGCCUGCUAUUUCUACGAGAGGCUCAACAUGGACUACUGGCGCAUCCUGGCAGGGGAGCAGAAGUGUGUGGACAGCAGCGGGCCGGAGUCGGACGAGUGCGUCAUGAAGACUUCCAUCCCCGCUGUGGAGAUCUUCAUGGUGAAGAUCUUCAUGCUGCUGGUGGUGGGCAUCACUAGCGGCAUGUGGAUCUGGACCUCAAAGACACUGCAGUCGUGGCAGAAUGUGUUCAGCAGGAAGCUAAAGAAGAGGGCGAGGAGAAAGGCUGCCAGCGUGUUCACCAGCAGUAGGCCUUACAUCAAACCUCACCCAUCUCUCAAAGGGCACAGUACUAAGUAUGAGCCUACACGGCCCCCUCCAACAUGUGUAUGAGCUGGCUCUCUUUGUAUAAACCCAAAAAUACUUGUAAAGCCCUUACCUAAAUGAGACUUUGUAAUCAGAGUGCCAUCAAAAGAAUCAAGGUUCAUGUUUUAUUUAUGCAAACUGCAUUGAAGAUAAUGCAAUGUGGGGGUUUUUUUUGUUGUUUUUUUUUUUUUUUUGUAUC